AUAAUGGGGGAAGGCACAGCCUUUUUUAAGCUAUAUAUUAUCCAUCCAUCUUUAGUACAAAGACCCAUUUUUGAGCGAAAGUGAUAAAGUUUAGAGAGAAAAAAUGGGUUUUGCGGCAGUGGUGACGACGGCGGUGUUGGUAGUGGUGAUGUCGUUGAUGUCGGAGAUGGCAGUGGCGGCGGUUUACAAGGUUGGAGACGCCGCCGGGUGGACCAUCAUCGGCGGUGUCGACUACAAGCAAUGGGCUGCUACUAAGUCUUUCCAACUCGGCGAUGUCAUCGUAUUCGAGUAUAAUCCCAAAUUCCACAAUGUAAUGAGAGUAACGCAUGAGAUGUACAAAUCAUGCAAUGUGUCACGCCCAAUUGAGACUCAUACUUCCGGCAACGAUUCCAUCACAAUUCAAACCAGAGGACAUCAUUUUUUCCUCUGUGGCGUUCCUGGCCACUGCCAGACCGGCCAGAAGGUCGACAUCAAUGUCCAACGCCUCAAUUCCGCCGCCGCUGCCCCUCAGCCCUCCGCCUUGGCCUCCCCCUCCGUCCCCAUCGCCCACACCCCCGCCGCACCGGCACCUAAAGCCGCCGCCCCUCGCGUCGGGGCUGGAUCUGCGAUGUUGCUUUUGGCCUUGUCUGUUGUAGCGAUUGGGGUUCUUGCUUAACAAAGGGAUUGGUCUUCAUUAUUGGGCAACAGAGACAAUUUUACCUUGCUGCCUCCCCCUUUUUUCCCAAUAAAUUGCAGACCCUUUUGUUUCGCUUUGGGUAGCAGAUUUUUGUAUUUUGUAGUGGCAGUUUGUUAUUGUUCUCUUUCUUUAUAUACAUAUGUUUUUUUUUUCUUUCAAUUUUGAAGCCUUGUACUUUGGAAAUAAUGAAAAUGUUCGUUU